UCGUCGCUCCACACAGAUGAAGAGAAAGGGAUUGUUUUGAAACCACAGCAGAGCAAACAGAGGGAUUUCCCUCCUCCACCCAGCUACCUUCUGCUUUUCAGAAAAGCUGGAGAGCUGGUUGUCUUUUUUGAGUGUGUGUCUGUGUGUUGAAGCCACACCCCUCCCCGCCUGUGCACACUGCCAGCUGUUUUGCGCUGACUCAGUCAGGCCUGGAGCGAGAAGCAGGCGUGAGCCGGUCCAAGUCAUGGAGCGGCAGCUGGAGCUGGCGGCUUUGGUUCUGGGCCUCACCGGGUGGCUCUGUGCCAUUCUGACGCGCUGCCUCACUCUGUGGAACGUCAGCGGCACCCUGGACAACACCACAGCCACUCUGCCUGUCUACUGGGACGGGGUGUGGCUGGAAUGGGACCACUGGGACUUAGCCCAUGAUGGGAGCCUGCACUGCUCCUUCUACAAGUCUCUCAUGUCUCUGUCUGGGAGCUUUCGUACGUGGAGAGCGCUCAUCAUGGCUGCCAUCGGAGCCGGGGCCUUGGCUGUGGUGACGGGUACAGUUGGGGCCGUGUUCUUCCCCAAGCGGGGCCAGAUCAAGGUGGCUUCUGGUGCUCUCUUUGUCCUGUGUGCGAUCCUGCUGCUGGUUCCUGUGGCAUGGACGUGCCAUCACACCAGUCAGCCACUGGAGAGCAUUGUUCUGCUGCGGCGAACCUGGGGUCCAGCGCUAUACCUUGGCUGGAUCUCCUUUGCCCUGAUGCUGAUCGGGGGCGCGUUUCUCUGCUCCAGAUGCCCCACUUUUGAAAGGGAAAUGCAGCAGGUGGACCAGAGCAGGUACCCGAACGUGGAGGAGGACGUGAACCACCCAUUGAGCAGAAUCAACAGGACGACCUUCACACACAGCCAGUAUGAGCGCGGAUCGCAACCCCUCUGAUGUGGACCUGAUGAACUGAAUGGCCACAACACGCUGACAGACAAUUAAAGGAAAUGCAGUUGAACCUGGUGGCAGAAUUAGUAUGAACAUGUGGAGUAAUGAUGCACUGGAUUAUUUAAUCAUUUGGGUGGGGGUGGGGGGUAGAGUUACAGUGCCAAUAACUGUCCAUAUUUUUCGUCAGACUAAUAAAGGGACAACCCCUUUUAAACAAUGGUAGAACUUAAUUAACAAAGAAUUUGCCUUAAUUAAAAUCAGUUUUAAAGUUUGCUAAGCAAUAACUAAAACUAA